AUGAGUGAGCAGGAAAGGGAGACGGAGGAGGAUGAGGGAGGGGGCGCCUCGGACACAGCACCCAUGCUGCCCCGAAGGCCUGUUGACCGCCAGACCUUGGCCCUGACAUGUCCGGGGUGGCUGGGCCUUGCUGCCCGAGGCCUCGGGCCCCUGUUGCUGCCUGGCCGGGUACUGGCCGCACUCCUGCUGCACCUGCUGCUGCCCACCACGGUCUUCUUGCUGGUGCUGCUGCCCGCGGCGGCCAUCGUCUACCUGGGAUUCCUGUGCCACUCGAGG